AUGAUCAAUCACCAAGCCAUCAAUUCAUCCUCACUCGUGGAUACAAACGACAAGGUAUCGGAUUUGCAGUUCUCGGAAAUGGUGCGAAUCGCAGCGGAGCUAUCAUCAUUUGAUCCAAUUGAGAGCUACAGCCAGGCCGUCAUGGUACGAAAUCUUCGCCGACGAACUCAGCAGGUCAACAUUCCAAAUGCUUUUUGGCAAUCCCAGACGUUGAAAAGGUUUGCAGAGUUCUCAGAGCCGUCACUCAUGCUGGUCAAAGGUACUUUCCAAGAACGAGGGGCGUUGCGCGACGCGGCCGUUAGAGUAACUGAAGAGUUGAAAAGCAAGAACAUCACAACACUCUGGGCCGUAAACGCACAACUGUCUGAUCGAGCCACCAGAACCCCGAACGCGCUGGACAUUCUCAAGUCACUCGCCGCUCAAGCGCUUACAUUGGGCGACUCAGCGCACUCUCAGAAAUCGACGGCGCUAAGCUGCACGCAGCUUCGCAACGCUACCACGGCGAAGGAGUGGCUUGAGAUCCUUGGGGCUACCCUCGAAAACGUAUGUCGGGAAGUAUACAUCGUUGUCGAGUUAGAUAUUCUGAUUUCUUCUGUCCCCGCAACAUCGUCAACCGAUGAGGUCAUUGCGCUUUUCUGCAAUCUGCUGAAAGAAUUGACGGGCCGCGCAAAGAGGUCUAUUGCCAAAGUAUUGAUUGUGACGAGCAGACCAUGGACACCUUUAUCGAAGACAACGAACGUCUUCGUGGAGACUAUGCUAUCAGGCGCCCCUCCACGCGCGAAGCCGCAGGCAAACCUUCGAAGGAAGCAAGGAGGUACCUCGACGUACAAAGCGGCACUACGAACACUAAGAAGAUAA